ACCGAGGUUUCCGCACUGCGAACUUAGUCUUUGUUGCCCACUGGUUUGCUGUGGAUCGGCUACAAGGUUGUAGUAAGGAACAUAGCCCAAUUGUACCCCUCUGAAGAUUUAAAAAGCUGGAAAGAUGGUCGACGAGAUUCAGAAACCAAAUACCACACCACCCAGUCCUUCCAGUCACAAAGCCUACACCCUCCUGAAUAUCCACAAUGGUCUUCCACACUCGCGUCGCACUCGCUGAGGAUUACGACCUCUCCCAGUCUCAGAUUAAUGAGUACCAGAACAAUGGUCACAUCCUGCUAAGGAAUGUCAUUCCCGAGUCGGAGAUUGCUGAAUUGCGCACUGCCGUCUUGCGAGCGCAUGAAGCUCUCAAAGCCGAAGAAGAAGACUUCCAGAAGGCAUUCCGCAUCACCCAAAACCUAUGGGAAAUUAACGACGUCGUGCGAGCACAUGUCUUGUCUAAGCGUUACGCAGGAAUCGCUGCAAAGUUCUUGGGCUGCCGCGACGUGCGGGUUUACCACGACCUCACCUUCUUCAAGGAGGGUCUUGGUAAGGGCAAGCCGACACCAUGGCACCAGGACGGGCACUACUGGCCCCUUGACACGGAAAAGUGCAUAACCCUUUGGGUUCCGCUUCUCGAUUGCCCGGUAGACAUGGGUCCGAUGUCGUUCGUGUCGGGUUCACAUCUCAAUAAAGAUGCUGAACAUCUGCCGAUUUCCGAUGAGAGCGAUGAAUAUAUCAGAAAUUUGGUAGAGAAAGAAAACCUGUCUGUGGCCCCCGCGCAACAUAUGAAUGCAGGAGAUGCAACAUUCCACUCGUGCUGGACAUACCAUGCUGCAGCAUCCAACACGACAGAAAACACUAGAAUUGCAUUCGCUAUCGCGUACUAUGAUGCCGAUGCAACGAUUCCCCUGGAGCCGCCAACCAAUGAGCGGCGUGCGGCGAACUUGGCAAGGUGGUUCCCUGGGGCCGUACCCGGUGGGCCUGCGGCCACUGAAAUAAACCCUGCUAUCCUUUCUCCCCGUGAUUGAUGGAACAUUGACACGUGCUAUUUAAGGCGGGCGUGUAGGCGAAUUCCUUCUUUGAGUAGAUAUCCUGCUGGUUCAGAAUUACUACCAUAAUAACCCCACUUCGAAGUUGGACACUGGCACAUACUUUAUAAUAUAGUUUAGAAGGGUUAUGUAGCUUGUGUAUAAUGUCCUGCGCUGCGAAUUCCAAGGUGAUUAUUUAUGCGCAAACUGAAGCAGCCCAACGGCUCUUAGUACCUCAUAUAAAGCAGCAAGCCGAUAGUG